AACCAUCCGCGACCGGCAUGAAAGGCUUGUAUAAAUAUGCCAACUGUGAAGCUGACCUGUUACUUGUCAUCAUUUCAUCCCAGGUAUCAUCUUAUCAAGGAUAAAAUUGCGGAGGGAUAAAAUAUACUUCGGGAAAAUUAAUGUAACGUAAAAUUUACAAAAAUCAAUUAAAUUUUUUUAAAUUUUGACUUUGUGAAGUGCCAUGUGGAAUAUUAAGAUGCUGUUCUCAGUAUUCUUAGCUUGCAUAUGCAUUCCUUAUACAUGGGCUGAAACUGCCAGCAAGGGAGAUCGAGGAGAAGAUGUGACUGCUAAAAGUGUCAGUACAUCAGGUACCAGAGAUUUAGUACGAGAAGCGACAGGUUAUCAAAGACCAGUUUAUGGUACUCAAGUUUGGUAUCCUGGUGGUUCUGGUGGUGGUGGCAACAGCAAAGGAUGGUCAAAUAAUAGACCUCAAGGAGGAUAUGGUCGCACCACUGGCUAUGGAGGUGGAUCUCAAAACCAAUACCUGACUAAUCAAGGUGGUUACGUAGGCAAUCAAAUCAAUCAAAAUCCUGGAUAUGGUACUAACAAAGGUUGGGCUUCUGGAGGAUCAAGUUGGGGUGGAAGCAAUGUUCAGAGACCUAUGACUGGUGGUUCUGGUAACUAUAAAGGAAGUAGCUCUUAUAAUCAAGGGGGAUACCAAAGUGGCUACGGUCAAAGCGGAUACGGACAGAGUGGAUACUUGCAACAAGGGGGAUUUGGUCAAGGUGCUUAUGGCGGGCAAGGAAUAUAUGGUGGUCAAAGUGGAUAUGGUGGUCAAAGUGGAUAUGGUGUUCAAAGUGGAUAUGGUGGACAAGGUAUAUUAAGUGGACUAAGUGGAUAUGGUGGACAAAGUGGAUAUGGUGGACAAGGUAUAUUGGGUGGACAAAGUGGAUAUGGUGGACAAGGUAUAUUAGUUGGACAAAGUGGAUUUGGUGGACAAGGUAUAUUAGGUGGACAAAGUGGAUAUGGUGGACAAGGAGGAUACGGAGGACAAAGUGGUUGGUACGGUGGGAAUCAGAUUAGUUCUGGGGGAUACAAUUGGCCAUCUGGUGGUGGUGGGGGUGGUGGUUACAGAGGUGAUAAGGGAAGCUACGGAGGGUCUUAUGGAAACUUAGGAAAUCAACAAGGCUAUGGUAGUAUCAAUUUCGGAAGUGGUUACCCAAGCCAAGGCCUUAGUGGUGGUUUAGGUAAUCAAAUAUAUGGUUCAGGAUAUGGUGGUUCCUAUAUGGGACAGAAAGGUUACGGUGGAUCUUCUGGUGGACAAAAGGGCUAUGGUAAUUACAACAACAUAAACGCAAUUCCACAGAGUAGUGGCGUAUGGGGUGGCAAUAUAUAUGACAGAUAUGGUUCUGGCAACUUUCAAGGAAAUUAUAAAGGGGGCACUCCAAGAAACUCUAAAGGCUGGUCAUCAUCCAGAAGUGGAUAUGGUAAUAAUUAUUCCAACAGGAAAGGAUAUUAUUAAUGUUCAAACUAUCCCGAAAAAUGUUUUCGCCCAAGAAUGCCAUCAUAAAACAUUUCAUCAGUUGAAGAGCUUUAAAAACGGACAAUUUACUUUAAAAUAAAUUUAGAUAACUCGGCGAAGUCCAAUCUCUAUUUUCAAGCACCGAAUGCCAUCAACAUACCCACAGAAUAUGAUAUGCAUCAAAAAGUUAUUUCAAAGACUUGCGUUGAUUGUUGAUUUUGUGCUUUAUAUUUGCUUUAUUAUUUAGCAAAUAAGAUUGAGAAUAAAUAGUUAAA